AUGAAAGGAAGUUAAUAAAAUGUUUUUCUUAAAGAAUUGAAAGAAAUACCUGUUUAUUCCGAUAACUGGUUUUGGAAGCUUCGAAUGAGAAAUUAAGCAUUACUUCAAUUCUCAAUAAUAUUUAUUUUCAUGCUAGGAGUUGUUUUAGGAAUUUAUUUAGUCAAUAUGGCAAUAAUAGUUCCUCUUUUAGAAUAAUCAUCCUUCGAAAUCUAUAAUCAUAAUGCAAAAUAUACAUUACAAAGUCAUUUGAGAAGCUAUGAUGGUAUUCUAAAUGGGAUAUUUCAAAUAAGUAAUAUUUUAAAUCAAUCAAGAUAUUCACUAAUUACAGAUACUCCAUAAAAUUUAUACAUAGUCUUAUCAAAAUCUUGAAAAAGAAGAUAAUAUUACUUUAGAUUAUCGAGCUCAUAUGGAUUAUGCAGGUACAAAUAAAAUGCCUUAAAUACUUGUGGAUCAACCAGCAGGUUCAUUGUAGAAAACCCAUUCCUUUAUGUGCUAUACGAACAAAACUAAUAUUACAUAUCCAAUGAAUAAGAUUACAUUGAUAAAUUUAAAGAUUUAAGAGACUAUGUAUCCUAUAGGACAUAUUUUGGCUGCAACCAAAUUAAACAUCUAAUCGCUUUUCUAUGUAGGAACUUUAGAGGAACCUUAAGUUUACUUUUCUUAUCCUUGUACAAAUUUUCAAUAAAAUAUAUAUGGAUUGAAUAUUCCAAAACGUCCUUGGUUUUUAAAAGGUGUAAGCGUAUAUAAUCAAACAAAUUUCAGUGACUAUGAUUAUCAAUUUACUGACCCAUUUCUUCGUAAUCUUAAUUAAAUAUUUAUAUAGAAUUUACAAAAGACAAAAUUGAAGUAACACUAGUUAUGCCUUUACUUGAUAAAGACUUAAAUUUAAAAGGAGUGAUGGCUUCAGAUUUAGGAACAGAUUUAAAUAAAUUUGUAGUUAAAACAGAUUAAAAUGUUCACAUGAUCCUUUUAGCAGAUUCUAAAGGUUUGUUGAUUUAUCAUAGUUACAAUGUUAGUUUAACUCUUUUACCAAUUUACAUUUUUAAUACUACUCUAACAGGAUUCACAUCAGAUGAUUGGACUUCAAUAAAAGAAACAAAAUAAAGUAAUUGUUCAUCAUAUCCUAAAAACUCAAGUUUGCUUUGUCGUUAUAAUAGUGUUUAUGAUAAGGAUUUGGUAAUCACAAUUCAUGAAGUAAAGAAAUUUAAUUAUCUCUUUAUGAUGUAAAUAUUGAAAUAAAUUUAGCUAAGAUUCCAUGAUACUACUGACUACACUAAUUAUUAAGUUAAAUCGACAGAGGAAAUGUUAAAUAAAUUAUAAUCAGAGGCAAUUUAAUUCCUAUAAAUAGCUCUUGGCAUUUUUCUAGCAGCUUUAUUUAUAGCUAUUUGUAUUCUUAUCUUAAUUUUCUAUCCAAUCUAAAACAUAAUUGAUAAUUGUCAUUAUAUAAUGGGAAUCAAGAAUAAACAAAAUGUACACAAGAAGAUUUUGCUUACAAAAUUUUUUAUGCCUUUUCUGAAUCCUCAAUUAUAAUUAUUGUUUUUAGCAUACACUAAUUUAGUUAAACGAUUCUUAUCUUUAUCAUAGUCAAAAGGAAAUCUAUGUAAAACGAUGGAAGCGUUACAAUAUCCAAAAAAAAUUAAAUAAAGAGCUCACUAAUAUUUGAUUCGAUAUUUAAAGAAAUAUUUAGGCCUAAUAGAAAAAAAUACAGUUGUAUUUUAGGUUCCUAUUCGGCUUCCAUCUUAGUUAAUGGGAAGAUUUAUUGAGAAAUUACUAAUGAAAUUUUACUUAUGA